AUUGGAGAAGACAAGUACAGAGGAAGGCUCCUUGGUGGUUAAGAGUGUGUCUUUUAAAAUCAGACAGAUCUGAGUCCAAAUCCUAGCUCAAUCAUUUCUCAGUUGUAACAAUUCAGUAGCUCUGUGACCUUGGGUAAAUUGUUUAGCCAAAUGAGAAAGGUAGGACCACCUGACUGUGGUAUUGUGAGGAUCCGGUCAGCUAAGGCUGGUAGGUGCUUACCUUGGCCAUGUAGCAGAUGCUCAGGAAAUGAGAUCUAUAGAGUGUAUUAAUGAAAGACAAAUUUAAUUUUGCACAUAAAGUUAUGAAAUGUCUCCUUAUGGCAGUGAUUCUCAUCUAAAAGUCAUACCAUCCCACUGAAGAAGACCUAUGUUAGGGUUUAUAACAGACUACUCUCUGGACAAACUUAAUCCACUUAAAAAAACUAAUAAAUGUAUACAGAAUUUGGAAUCCAAAGAACUGAAUUCAGGAUCUGGUUUUGCCCCUUAUUCUGUGAUCUUGAAUAACUGAGCCUUGGUUCUCUUGUUUAUAAAAUGUACCUAUGUAAGUGAACAGGUGGUAAAUGCCCACCAUGAAAUACUAUGGAGCAGUUAGAAGCAACAGAACAAUUAGAACACAGACCUGGAAAACAUAGUUCCAAGUGAAAUAAAAAGGUGAUUGGCAGAAUGAGAAAUGUAACAAUGUCAUUUAUGUAAAAUCAAAACAACCACAAGCAGAAUAUAACACCCAUGCAAAUUACAGACAUCUAGUACAGUGUUAUGAUUGUCUACAAAAGGAGGAGAAUGCAAGUGAGUUGGGAGGUUUAAAAGGGAUCAAUAAAUAAAGACCACAGAGGGGCCUCAGUACAUUUAGAAACAAAUAACAUGCAAACGAUGCUUCCCUGCCUUCCUCACAAGGUUACUCUGAGGAGCUAAUGAGAUUGUGCUUAUGAAAACAAAGGUUAAUUGACUGUCUUCAUUAUGAUCUCCAUAUUGGACAAAUGAACUGAACAGAGAUAAAAAUUCCCCAUCAUACUUUGGCAGGAAGCUGUUGCCAGGGCAGCACCCAUGAAGCCCUGCCCUGGCUUCAGAGUCUGCUGGUGAGAUGACAUCAAAACCCUUCAUGUAGGAGGGUGGCAGUCUCCCUCCCUUCUGGAGACACCACCUGAUGGGCCAGCCAGAGGCAGCAGCAGCCUCUUCCCAUGGAUCCACCACAAACAUCCCCCUUGAGCCCUCGGAAGAAGAGACCGCGGCAGACGGGUGCCUUGAUGGCCUCCUCUCCUCAAGACAUCAAAUUUCAAGAUUUGGUCGUCUUCAUUUUGGAGAAGAAAAUGGGAACCACCCGCAGAGCGUUCCUCAUGGAGCUGGCCCGCAGGAAAGGGUUCAGGGUUGAAAAUGAGCUCAGUGAUUCUGUCACCCACAUUGUAGCAGAGAACAACUCGGGUUCAGAUGUUCUGGAGUGGCUUCAAGUACAGAAAAUACAAGUUAGCUCACAACCAGAACUCCUUGAUGUCUCCUGGCUGAUAGAAUGUAUAGGAGCAGGGAAACCGGUGGAGAUGACAGGAAAACACCAGCUUGUUGUGAGAAGAGACUAUUCAGAUAGCACCAAUCCAGGCCCCCCGAAGACUCUACCAACUGCUGUACAAAAGAUCUCCCAGUAUGCGUGUCAGAGAAGAACCACUUUAAACAACUGUAACCAGAUAUUCACGGAUGCCUUUGAUAUACUGGCUGAAAACUGUGAGUUUAGAGAAAAUGAAGACUCCUGUGUGACAUUUAUGAGAGCAGCUUCUGUAUUGAAAUCUCUGCCAUUCACAAUCAUCAGUAUGAAGGACACAGAAGGAAUUCCCUGCCUGGGGUCCAAGGUGAAGUGUAUCAUAGAGGAGAUUAUUGAAGAUGGAGAAAGUUCUGAAGUUAAAGCUGUGUUAAAUGAUGAACGAUAUCAAUCCUUCAAACUCUUUACUUCUGUAUUUGGAGUGGGGUUGAAGACUUCUGAGAAGUGGUUCAGGAUGGGUUUCAGAACUCUGAGUAAAGUAAGGUCGGACGAAAGCCUGAAAUUUACACGAAUGCAGAGAGCAGGAUUUCUGUAUUAUGAAGACCUUGUCAGCUGUGUGACCAGGGCAGAAGCAGAGGCCGUCAGUGUGCUGGUUAAAGAGGCUGUCCAGGCAUUUCUUCCGGAUGCUUUCGUCACCAUGACAGGAGGGUUCCGGAGGGGUAAGAAGAUGGGGCAUGAUGUAGAUUUUUUAAUUACCAGCCCAGGAUCAACAGAGGAUGAAGAGCAACAACUUUUACAGAAAGUGAUGAACUUAUGGGAAAAGAAGGGAUUACUUUUAUAUUAUGACCUUGUGGAGUCAACAUUUGAAAAGCUCAGGUUGCCUAGCAGGAAAGUUGAUGCUUUGGAUCAUUUUCAAAAGUGCUUUUUGAUUUUCAAAUUGCCUCUUCAAAGAGUGGACAGUGACCAGUCCAGCUGGCAGGAGGGAAAGACCUGGAAGGCCAUCCGUGUGGAUUUAGUCAUGUGCCCCUACGAGCGUCGUGCCUUCGCCCUGUUGGGAUGGACUGGCUCACGGCAGUUUGAGAGAGACCUCCGGCGCUAUGCCACACAUGAACGGAAGAUGAUUCUGGAUAACCAUGCUUUAUAUGACAAGACCAAGGCCAGAAUUUUUUUCAAUUAUUGUGGUGCCUAGUUACCAGAACUCAGCCUUCGCCAGUGCCUCCUACUUUGGGAGCAGAGCGCCCUCUGAUGGCUGACAGAAGAACUCUUGGAGGCAAGCACAGUAUGAUAUAGCAGAUAAGGUAGGAAGUCGAUUAUCUGUUAAAAACAUUGCAACUAUAUGUAAGAAGCCAUGGAUCACCGAUGCUCUAUUUGUUCACUUUUUUCCCAGUCUUUAAAAUCUGUAUUUUAUUUGGGGUAGUUUUUAUUGCUGUAUCUUCAUGUUUACUCAUCUUUUCUUCUGCAAUGUCUAGUUUCAUUAAUCCUCUCCAGUAUUUUAUCUCACAUAUUAUAGUUUUCAUCUUUACUUCUGCAAUGUCUAGUUUCAUUAAUCCUCUCCAGAAUUUUAUCUCACACAUUAUAGUUUUCAUCUUUAGAUUUAUGAGUUAGGAUUUAAAAACUAUCUUCCAUGCUUCUAUUUAACAUAUUCGAUUUUUCCUCUGGCUUAUUAAAUACAUGGAAUAUAGGGUAACUGUUUCAAUGUCCUUGUCUACUAAUGAUAUCAUCUGUGUCAAUAUUGAGUCAGUUUCUAUUAACUGAGUAUUCUUCUCAUUAUGGGUCACGUGUUCCUCCCUCUUUGCAAGCUUGGUAAUUUUACAUUGGAUUCUAGACAUUGUGAACAUUGUAAAUUUUUUCCUGGAUAUUUUUGUAUUCCUGUUAAUAUUCUUAAACUUUGUUCCAGGAUGUGGUUAAUUUACUUGGAAACAGUUUAAUGUGUCCUCAUCUUGCUUUUGAGCUUUGUUAGGCAGCACUAACAUAGUCUAAUCCAGGGUUAAUAUUCUUCCCCACUACUGAAGCAAUACUUUUCUCAUUGUUCUACCUGAUGCCUGGUGAAUUAUGAUGUUUUCUACUCUGGCUGUUUGGGAACAGGCACUGUUUCUGGCCUCCCACUGAGAGGCCUGGUCCAUUAGAGCUUAGAGUAUUGUUCCCUCUAAUCCCUUUGUGUGGUUCUUUCUCCAGCCUUGGGUAGUUUUCUCACAUGCAUAUGCUGAUCAAUAGAAUAAUCAAAGGGUCUCCUCUGUUUCUGUGCAACUCUGUCUCCAGUACUCUACGCUGCAAAUUCUAUUCACCUUGGCCUCCAUGAACUUCCAGCUCUAUCUCACUAACAGCAUGUGCAAAGGCCAUGUGGUGCAAGGACCAUGGUGUCAGAGAAAAGGCCCACAUGGCAGGAGUGCCAUGGCAUAAAAUGAGCAGAGACAAAGCUCUUGCAGCCGGAGGUUCCCACGUGUCUGAGUUGCAGAGAGAAAGCCUAUGCUUGUGGACAGACCAUGGCCUCUGAAGGACAGAGAGGAGGCCUAAGUGGUUGGGGCAGAGAAACUAGAAGGGCUGGGACACAAGGCUAGGCUUUCCCCAGCUCUCAAAACAAAGACCCAUAUCCUUACCUUGGCUUUCGUAAGUGGGUAAUCCCUGGCCAGGUGAGUCAACAGUAAUCACUGUUUGACUCUUCAUGAAAAAAUCAAUCACAUUUAUGGUAGAAUUUUAUCAACAUGGUUUGUUCUCGCUCACAAUCAAAUCUUUCAAAUCAUUUUAGCCUGGAAAUGAAAGUCUAUGAUACAUUGAGUCUCUGUCAUUACAAAUCAGAUUUUAAGCCCCCGGGGUACACUCAGGCUGUCCUCCAGAGGCCCCCAUCCAUUUUAGAAAUAAGUUCUACAGCCUAUUGGACAGACUCAGCCAACUUCCAAAAUGUUCCCCAGUCUCACCUGUCCAGUUUUAGUAUUUUUCACCCCUUAACUUGUUGGAGUUCAGGUAGCCUCUCUAGAGGAUGGAGAAGGUUUUUUCUGAGUUUUACUUGGAGGUACAGCACUUUAAUGUAUGCCUGACAUAACCAGACUUUUCAGUCAUUUGGAAUUCUCAGAGGAUUGAAGUGUUAUGCCCAUUUCUCCUUCUCCUCUAACUUCAGGUAAAGGAAAAAGAAAGAGAGUAUAGAUUCUUAUCUCAUUUGAGCCUGAGAGAGCUAGUUUUAUGUCUUCGAGCUUAGAGGCAAAGCACCUGUAUAAAAGCUUUCCUUAUAUUAUUUCCUUGGAUGGAGAUUCAUAUUCAAUUGGGUGGAGAAACAUUUCCACAAACGUUUAGCAUUUUCGUUAUGCCCCCAACAUUGUCUUAGGACCUGGCAGGCUGUCUGACAUUGGAAGGAAGCCAGUGCACAUUUGUUAAAUCAAUUCAUGCAUUAAGCAAUAAUUCUCAUCAAGAUGGUGGGAGUGCAAAGAUUAUAUGACUUCGCAAUUUUUCAAAAAUUAGUUAUCACUUUUUUGUCUUCAAUUAACAUCGCAAUGUUGCAGGGAGAAAUGCCUUAAGCAAAACUAAUCAUUGUUAUUUCUUGGCAAAAUAAAUAAGUAACUAUCUCUCUCCACCAGCAGUCAGGAACUGAGAAGAAUCAUAGAGGGUAUAGAAGGCUGUGCUGAUGGGAGUGAGGAACAGGCAGGCAGAAGGAGUGCUUUGCAGGGUUUGGGGAAAAUCAAAGCAGAAUGUUUGGACUGGAUGGAUGUCACUUUAGAGACAGACCAAUUCAAACACCAGAUGAUACAGGAGGAAAUGAGACCCACACACAUCGUGCAACCUGCCUAAGGUGACUCUCAACUUACCAGCAGCCCUGGGUUAGGGAAGCAGAGCUUCUGACUUUGGGUCUCAUCAUUUUGCUUACCACACAGGGCUGCCCUCCAUGAAAGACUGAACGUCUUCUAGCCUGGCAGAGAAAGUGCCAAUAUUGGGAACAUCCCUGGGAUAAUCUUGGUUCCAAGGACAGGGCCAGUGUUCUCUAAUAUAGACAAAGAAAAGCCACAAACAUUUUGUA